AUGAAUAGCGACGCCAUCGACCACCACCGGCUGGCUAUCAAACGCCUGCACGAGGCUGUCGAGCGCGAACUCGAAGCGUUCGAUCGUGAGAUCAUAGACAUUGAGCGAGAGGCGCAUAGGGUGACUAGACAAGAUCUUGAGACCGAAAAGCAAGCUUGUAACCGCGAGCGAGAAGAGCAUAGGGUGACUAGACAAGAUCUUGAGACCGAAAGACAAGCUCGUAGCCGCGAGCGAGGGGCGCAUAUUACAAGCCAAAGGGUCUUGGAGCGGGAACACAAACAAAGUCUUGAUCAAGUACGAGCAGCACAUAACUCAGCCCAAGAGGCUCUUGAGGCCGAGAAACAAGCCCAUCAUGCUACUAAGGAGACUCUGAGAGAUACAGUACAAGCACUGAAAGCAUCCCGGACGGCCCUCGAUCGCGAACAAGAGCGUCACAAUGGCACGCAGCAAGCACUUGGCCAGCAGAGACAAACAACUACAGAAGAGCGAAAGAGGCUCGAUCAAGAAAUACAGGCGCAUGAGGGUAUACUUGCUCAAAAAAGACGGGCGCAUGAGGGUAUACUUGCUCAAGAAAGACGGGCGCAUGAGGAUAUACUUGCUCAAGAAAGACAGUCGCAUGAGGAUAUACUUGCUCAAGAACGACAGGCGCAUGAGGGUAUACUUGCUCAAGAACGACAGACGCAUGAAGGUAUAAUUGCUCAAGAACGACAACGACAUAACGAGACACGGCAAGCUCUCAACAACGCACAAAGAGCGCUAGAAGAAACUCGGCAAGUUCUUGAAAGUGAGAAACAACAACUUGACCACGAGCGCCGAGAACAUAUUGCGAGCCGAGAAGCUCUUACUCGUGAACGACAGGCUGUCAUCGAUGAAAUCCAAGCGCGUGUUAGCAUGUACGAGGCCCUCAAGCGCGACUUGGCUGGUAAACUUGUGUACAGGAAGAGGAACUGCACGUUGGAGGUGGUAAAAUUAGACCGCUAUUUUCAGCCAAUACAGAGGUAG